AUGGCCGAUCCAAACUCCCCAGUCAGGCAUCGCCUUGAGCUGCUUGAAAGAACCAUCUACUCUCUCCAGGCUCAGCAACGUCUAUUGGAGUAUCGUGUCCAGCAUAUUGAGGAGGAACAUCAAAACUUACAUCAGACUGCGUCCUCAAUAUUACCACAAGCCGGACGUUCAUUGUUCCAGCCUUCAACGCAGACCCUGACCCCCAAGGCAUCCUCUGGUCGCAAUUCCUACAUUUCUGAGCUUCAGGCCCUGGCUAAGGAGUCAGAUUACAGGCUUGGGGAGCAUGCCAAAGCAUUAUCAUCUCUCAGUCUUUUGGAUGCACCAAGCUUGUUGACGACUCCCAUUUUGACACCCACUCGCAAGGUUUUCUCUCCCAAGAGUACCCCGAAUCCGAAUCUUCAAGCUCGCUAUUCUCCUUUAGCACCCUCUAGUGCUGAAGCCUUGGAGUUCGAACCAAGCGAAGGAAGUCGACCAUAUCCUUCUGCAUCCGUUGCUUCGACACUUAUAUGUUGCUCUCCGAAGUCAACUGCUAUAGAGACUCCUUCAAAAACGAUUGGUAAAGAACUGGAACCUCUUUCUUCAAACACUGCCAGGAAGGAACGCAAGUUCGUCGUGGUGCCAUGGGAUGGAACAAUUGCCUGGAAGUUCAUCAAUCUCUACCAGAGCAAGAAAGAGGAACAAGAGGCUAUAUUGAGCUCAAUGGACCAUUGUGAUGUGCAAGAUGAAUGGUUCUUUCAGUAUGGCCUACGCUAUAUUCCAAAGCCCAGUGACAAGGAUGCAUACCGCACCAUCCGCAUCGAGAACCUUCCUGAGACUACCACACUCGACAAGGUACUUGCCGAAAUCCACUGCGGAAAUGUCUUCUCUGCCGAUCUUCUCAACACGUUUCCGAUAACUGGCUACCAUACGGCUAGAAUCGUGUUUCUGCACCAGGUUUCCGCUGAACAAUUCUCCAGAAGCGUCAAAAAGAGCAGUCUUAUAAUAGAAGGUUCCAGAGCUCAAGUGACACUUGAAAAAACUGCAACUUACCCAGUGAGCAUGUCGAUGAAAAAGACCAUCUGGGACGGCUGCACUCGCUGUGUGACUAUCGAUGAGGUUCCAGAAGCACUACUUGAGUGCAUUGAGCAAGUAAUCGGUGGAACUUUCCUCAAAAAUUCUGUCGAAUCUUACUACAAAGAGUAUUGCUCCGAACAAGCCAGGUCCAAGCUCAAAGUUUGUGUCCGUUUUCAUUCUAUGAGAGCGGCAUCAUGUGCAUUCAAGGAGCUCCAGAGAAACAUAUUUUUGAGAAACUCCAUUCUCCGAUAUGACUCGGACCCAUGCAACAAGAAGCCUCAUAUGUAA